UCCAUGGGAGCCCGGGCCCUCAGUCGAAAUGGCAGCCGUCUGCGGAUGGCCUAUUCUGCUUUUGCUGGCCACGACGCAGGCCGUCACCUACGCAGAGAAUCUGAGUGAAUCCACGCCCGGCGUUGAGGAGGAUUACAAUGCCAGCACAAGUCCGAGUCCGCCGCUGGAUGAGACCACCCAACGCUUGAACGGCAGGGUGGAACCUUUCAGCAAGGACGGUCAAGAGCAGUACGAUGUGGUCGAUGUCAUGGCCUCCACCGGCACAGUGGGGGGCAGGCCCAAGACCGGCCAGACCACGCGGAUCUACACCACCGGCGAGGUGGACGAGAGCUUCUGGCUGAAGCACCUGGGCGAAGACUUCAAGCAUGCCAUCCAUCUGCAAGUGGGCGGCGUCAACGAGGAAUACAAUCGUCUGGUCAACCACACCCAGAAUGGGGUCCACGAAGAGGUGCACCAUGAGUACCUACCAGGUGCCGAGAGACCGGGGAGCGGAGCUCCACCCCCUCCACCUCCCUCUCAACAAUCUCGACCAGCUUUUCGCCAGGGUUUCGACAGCCGAGCCAUGGCCAUGAAACAGCAGUACCUCAGCCAACAGCAGGCCCAGCAGUCACAUCCUCCCCAGCAGCGCUUUAACUACGCCCAACAACACGCACAACACUAUGCACCACAGCCACAAGCACACACCCACCAGUACCCACAACAAACACCACACAGAAACACCUACCCAAAGCCCCAGAGUUACCGGCCGCAGAACUACAAGCCCCAGAGCUAUAUCAUUAACUCUAGCGAGGAUCAGCUGCACGCCGCCCAAUCGAAUCCCCCGGCAGUGCGCUCCGCUGGAGAGGAUCGCCCCAAUCAGGAGGAGGAGGCGGACUCCUUCGGCGGCCAACUGAAGUUUAAGUCGCCCUUCAACGACUACGGCAGUCGGCCCACCCGAGACAUCACCUAUCUUCUCUACAAACGGGGUCUCUGAAAACAUAACCCCCACGAGCUAAUCAAAAGACUUGCGGUCUCCGGCCCAUUGAGUUUUAUAAAUGGGGCUGAGCCACACCCACCCACUACACACACCUCACACAAAACACACACAACAUAACACAAGCCACACAAACACAGCGAAUAAGGAAGUUACUAGAUAAAUAAAAAAAUAAAUUAAAAAAUGCAUACAAA